AUGUCUCUCGCCCCGUUCGUCACUCAGCUAGGUGCCGAGAUUGAGGAUGCCUCGAAAGAAACCUUCUUGCUUUUCUCCCAAGACAUCCCCUCUCAGAACCUUGGCAUAAUAGAUUCACAAGCACCCCUCCUUGAGUUGACUAUUGGGUCUCGUGACCUCUCCAUCAAGCAAUCUCCCACUGUCCUCAAUUCCGCACGAGGAGGCGGUACUACAGGUGCCGUGGUAUGGAAGGUCACUCCGAGGUUUGCAGAGUGGUUGGUAUCACCCGGCAACAUACUAGUACAAUAUGGUAUUGUAUCUGCAGAGUCAAGUGUGCUUGAGCUGGGAUCGGGAAUUGCUGGAAUUGUACCUUUGACACUGGCUCCGCUGGUCCGGCAGUAUGUCGCAACAGAUCAGGCAUAUGCACUCAAACUUUUGAAAGAAAACAUCGACGAAAACACUACAUCGACACAAACUGGAGGCAAGAACAAGAAACCAUCGAAAAAGGCAAGCGUCGUGCCAAGCUCGAAUAUAACAAUCGAGCCUCUGGAUUGGGAGACUGAUGAUGUUGACUCGUUUCUCAAGAGCAACAAUGCGCCUGAAGGAGUUGAUAUGGUCAUUGCUUGCGACUGCAUCUACAACUAUGCUCUAAUAAAGCCGUUCGUCCAAACAUGCGUGGAUAUUUGUCGAUCAAGAAGCGGCGAACGACCAACAGUGUGUGUGGUAGCACAACAACUUCGACAGCCGGACGUGUUCGAGGAGUGGCUCGAAGAGUUCAAGACGCAUUUUAAAACCUGGAGACUCCCAGAUGAUGUGUUGACAGACGAUCUGAGGGAAGGUUCGGGAUUCAUGAUUCACAUGGGCAUACUGCGUCAAGAAGAGUUGGGAGCGGUGUAA